AUGCCGGAUAACAUUGACAUAGACGAUUAUUUGACGUCUUCUCAAAAUGUGGGUCCCUAUACAAGGAGUAAUGUUUUGGAUAUUGCAGAAUGUUCUGAUCAUUUAACCGUUUGGCUUGAUAGAUAUAUUGGUCUUCCAAAUGACAAUGAAGCAUUGAAAACUAAAUUUCAAACAAACAUUCAACCAUUAAACACACUGACUGGGGAAGAAGCCGAAGUUGAUGAAACUCCACGUACGUUAAUAGAUGAAAAAACGUUGGAAAAAUUAAAAUACGACGUCUAUUGUUUAAAACCAUAUUCCGACAUUUCUAAAUGCCUAGAGUUUAUCAGAUCGCAGCAUAAUAAAAAAAUAUUUUUCAUUUCAUCUGGCACCAUAGGUAAAGAAAUUGUGCCUCAAAUUGCUAAGCUACCACAAAUCCAUGGAAUUUAUAUAUUCUGUGCAAAUAUUGCUUUUCAUGCUGAAUGGGCAAUGGAAUAUGUUGAUAGAAUAUCAGCCAUGCUAGAACAUCAUGACGAUUUACUUCAACGUUUAACAAAAGAUAUUGCCGACUAUUUGGAAGAGAAGGGUGAUGAUCAUCUCGCUCAUAAAGACAAUAAUAUAGCGAAAAGUUGUUAUGCAUGGGCAACUAAGUUAACAUUUCGUACAAGAGACCUUGUCAACACAUAUGUGGAAAGCAAAGCUAAGGUCGAAGGCAACACUAAUGUUGAAGGCAACGCUAAUGUUGGAGGCAACGCUAAUGUUGGAGGCAACGCUAAUGUUGGAGGCAACGCUAAUAUUAGAAAGACACUUGCUAGACUGAAGGAAAAGUUUGAUGAAGGUGAAAGAAGCCAAACAUCACAAACAACCGAUUAA